AAGAGCAGAGCAAGGCGGGGCGGGGCGGGGCGGGGCGGUCGAGUCCAGUGCUUCCCCAGCGCCUCGAUCCAAGGGCCGGCCCUCGUGGCACCGCCCCGCCGAAGCUGCUGCGGCUGCCGGCCUCUCCCGCCGAGAUGGCUGCGCUGAGGACAACGCGGCAAAUGCUUCAAACCAUCACAGGGCAUGGAUGGAGGUCCUAUUGUAGUAAACCUGCUCAAAACUUACAUGUAGGCAAACCUGGAGCUGGCUUUAGCUUUGAACUUUCUGAUGAACAGAAAGAGUUUCAAGCUACUGCUCGUAAAUUUGCUGUGGAAGAAAUUAUUCCUGUUGCUGCACAAUAUGACAAAACUGGAGAGUAUCCUGUUCCACUUAUAAAGCGAGCUUGGGAGCUUGGUCUUAUGAACUGUCACAUACCAGAAAGCUGUGGUGGCCUUGGCCUUGGCAGUUUUGAAACGUGUCUUAUUACAGAGGAGUUAGCUUACGGAUGUACAGGGGUUCAAACCGCCAUUGAAGCAAACUCCCUAGGGCAAAUGCCAGUUAUCAUUGCAGGAAAUGAGCAGCAGCAGAAAAAAUACUUAGGAAGAAUGACAGAAGAACCAAUAAUGUGUGCUUACUGUGUAACAGAGCCUGGAGCAGGCUCUGAUGUGGCUGGUAUAAAAACAAAGGCUGAGAAGAAAGGAGAUGAAUAUGUUAUUAACGGUCAGAAGAUGUGGAUCACAAAUGGGGGGAAAGCAAACUGGUAUUUUUUGCUAGCACGUACAAAUCCAGAUCCAAAAGCUCCUGCAAGCAAAGCCUUUACUGGAUUCAUUGUGGAAGCAGAUAGCCCAGGGAUACAAAUUGGAAGAAAGGAAAUGAAUAUGGGUCAACGCUGCUCAGAUACAAGAGGCAUUGUCUUUGAAGAUGUGAGAGUCCCAAAAGAAAAUGUAUUGAUAGCUGAGGGAGCUGGCUUUAAAAUCGCAAUGGGAGCUUUUGAUAAGACCAGACCACCCGUAGCAGCUGGUGCUGUUGGAUUAGCAAAAAGAGCCCUUGAUGAAGCUACUAGAUACGCUUUGGAGAGAAAAACCUUUGGGAAACCAAUUGUUGAACACCAAGCAGUGUCUUUCUUGCUUGCUGAAAUGGCAAUGAAAGUUGAACUCGCGAGGAUGGCUUACCAGAGAGCUGCAUGGGAAGUUGAUGCCGGUCGCAGGAAUACCUACUAUGCUUCCAUUGCAAAGGCAUUUGCUGGUGACAUUGCAAACCAAGUAGCUACAGAUGCAGUACAGAUUUUUGGAGGAAAUGGAUUUAAUACUGAAUAUCCUGUAGAAAAACUAAUGAGAGAUGCUAAAAUUUACCAGCAAACAAACAGAAGAGAGGGAUGAUGCAGGCUGUUUCUAGAAGAAAAUGCAAGAAUAAAGGAAACCACAAACAAAACUGUGUGAGAGGGAGUACUAAUUAACAAGAAGCAAUGGAAAAAAAUGGAUCAAAGACAACAUAUGGUAUGACCUUGAAAGGCUAGUUAAAGAAAACACUAAGGACAAGUCAUCUCUUCCCCUCUACCCAUGAUUUUAGCUCCUACUUUGAAAAAUCUAAAUAAUGUUUUUUCUUCCUUAAAUAAAAGGAAUGUUGUCACCUAUUUUCAUGAGAGCCCUACUGACUUUCGAUAGCACCUGAGAAAACAAGACUUUCUCAGUAUCUUGUAUGAUUUGCAUUUAAUUUAGCCCACUGUAAUUACUCCAGCACACUGGAAUUUUCUCUGUUUUCUUAUCUUCCUGCACAUCCUAAUCCACACUGGAUUAG